UGUGAAUUAACAUGUCUUGUUUGCUGCUUUCCUCUAGUUUGCUGGAUCAGUCUCAAUAUGAAGUGUUCCAGCUACAGUGAUGAUUCAGCAGUUUUAUGCCAGAUGGAGAAAGCUGAAACAGACCUAGGUGAGGUGAAGGGCCACAUGGUUUCUCCACGGAAAUCACCCUCGAGCAAAGGCCCCCACAAUAAAGAAAACAACCGGCAUUCUCUAGACGUGGCAUCAGACGACGAGGUGAUUCUCAGCAGUGGUGGUCUGACCGAAGACAGCGGCUAUCUUUCCCUCCAAAACAGCCAAGUGGAUAACGGGGACUUGGAUGCUGUGGACUCACUGGAGAGGAAUGAAGAGGCACGUGUGUCCUCUCAGUUGUUGAAUGUGGAGGGUCGUUCUGCGCCAUGUCUGCCCGUGUUGAAGUUUCAGGAGGAGGUGUGCAGAGAGCUGGCUAAAAGCUUUAAAAGGAGCAAAAGUUACGACUGGACUGUCGUUGAUAAGGUUGCUGAGAAUCAUGGGCUACAUAAUGUGAUCGGUGGGAAGAUGGGACGCCCGUUUGUGGACAUCCUUUGCGGCCUGCUGAGGAAAGACAUGAGGCAUAUCCUUUCCAGGAUACUGGGCCUGUUGGGAGAUUGUGACUUAGUGAGCUGUAAAAAAGUAAGCCGGACGUGGCGGAAAAUCAUUUGUGAAGAUAAGAUGGCCCUGCGGCGCUGCAGAGAUGCAGAAAGAACAUUAAGGGACUCUGGUCACCCCAUGGGCUCAUUAUCACGAGACUUCAUCUUGAGCAGGGUGGUGUUCUCAAGCAUGCAGACCGUCGCCUCUACACCCGUUCACAAGGCCGUUAGGAAGCUGCAGUGCCAGACGGGUGGAGCACAAAAUGCAUCCAAGUCAAGUCGCUUCCAACAGUUCCAUGAGGUUGCCCGAUCGCUCAAACAGCAUGAAUCUCUGCGCUCGUGUAUCAUCUGCGGCUCUGCAGCACGGUUCGACGAAGCCAUGCAGCGGGCCGUAUGCACACGCAUCAGCUGUGCAUUUGACUUCUGCACAUUGUGUCAGUCAGCGUUCCACGGCUCUGCCUCGUGCCGCAAUUCUGUUCAGACCAGAUCCGCUUCACAAAAAACACUCAUCGCCGGCUCGGCUCGAAGCAAAAGGAGCGUCCGUCGCCUCUGAGCACCAGACGGGAAAAUGUUACAAGAACUUUUAAAAAGCUACCUUUUAGUAUCUUAACUGUUUUGAAGGACUUUUAAAAAAAUAAGCGUUUUAUCGUCUUCCCAAAUGUGAAGUGAAUUUGGCCAUGUUUGUGGUCACUGCACAAAGUGAAAAUACAACAAUCAUCCUCAAUGCCAAAAAAAAAAAAGAGACUUCAACAAGGAGGUUAAACAGCCUUCUCAAUGUUGUAAAUUAUGUUUUAUAAGAUUUUAUAAAAAAUUGUAAAUGUUUUAUUGAUGAAAUGAUCAAUUCCAAUCUGUUUUAUCACAGAAAUUGUACAUAUUUAAAUGGUUGAAUAAAGCCUUUGUAUAUUUUUAAA